CUGACGGUCAUGCUUUUAGGUCAUGUUGAUGCAGGUAAAAGCACAAUGAUGGGCCAUCUGCUGGUUCUUCUUGGAGAAGUAUCAGAGCGGACUAUCAAGAAAUACGAACGCGAGGCCGAAAAAAUCCGAAAGAAAUCGUUUGCUUUUGCAUGGGUUCUUGAUGAGACAGAGGAUGAGCGAAGCAGAGGUGUGACCAUCGAUGUUGCAGUGUCAAAGUUUGAAACACCCAAUCAUUCCUUUACUCUUUUGGAUGCACCGGGACACAAGGAUUUUAUUCCCAACAUGAUAUCAGGAGCAUCACAAGCAGAUGUUGCUUUGUUGGUUGUAGACAGUAUUCAGGGAGAGUUUGAGGCUGGAUUUGAUAAUGGAGGCCAGACACGUGAACAUGCCAUUUUGAUUCGGAGUCUGGGAGUAUCUCAAAUUAUUGUUGCGAUAAACAAGCUGGAUGCUAUUGAUUGGUCAAUGGUGCGUUUUGAGCAAAUACAGGCGCAAUUACAGACUUUUUUGGUUCAGGUUGGGUUUAAAAAGCAGCGCAUCGUGUUUAUUCCCUGUAGUGGGUUCAGUGGAGAAAAUCUUAAAGAGCGUCAAGUAGAUGGUCUUUGUCGCUGGUAUUCUGGACCUACCCUGAUUGAGGCACUUGACGCUCUCGAGGCUCCACCGCGUUCCAUAGAACGACCAUUUAGAAUUUCUGUUCAAGACUUGUUUAAAGGAGCCAUGGCGGCAGGGACAAGUGGCGAUGUCACAGUUAGUGGUCGUAUCGAGUCUGGCAGUGUACAGCUUGGAGAUACUAUGAUGGCUAUGCCGAUAUUUGAAACAGGACAGGUCCGUGCGAUUGAAAUUGGAGGAGAGGGAGUUUCGUGGGCUGUUGCUGGGGAUCAAGUAUCCAUGUCACUUGGCGGUCUUGACAUUCAGCAAUUGAGCACUGGGAGUAUUCUUUGUGAUCCAUCUGCACCGGUAUCUAUUACGAGCCACUUUCGUGCUCAAAUUGUUACGUUUGACAUCAAUAUUCCUCUAACUAUUGGAAUACCGAUUGUCGUGCAUCAUCUGGGCCGGUCAGAGGCAGGAUACAUUGAGCGUCUUGUAUCGCUUCUAAACAAGUCGACGGGAGCCGUUGUCAAGAAAAAUCCAAGAGCACUUGGUCAAAGCGUGACAGCCGUAGUAGAAAUUCGCACUCAGCGUCCCAUGUGUUUAGAAACAUUCCAAACCACUAAAGAGCUUGGUCGUUUUAUGCUACGCAAUGGCUCUACAACUGUUGCUGCUGGAAUUGUUACAGACAUUCUAAGUUUUGAGUAA